AUGCGGGUUGUAUUUUUGUUAUGUUUUUUAUCGCUCUUCAUUUUAGCUUUUGCUAGCACUGCAGUUCUAAUCCUUGCUCGUGGAGGCUCAAAAGGAGUUCACUUAAAGAAUCUACGUGAUGUUGGCGGGAAAACAUUACUAUCAAGAGCCAUAUUUGCUGCAAAACAUGCACAUCUCAAAGAUAUAACUAUAUCUACCGAUAAUCCUUUGAUUGCAUUAGAGGCAUUGAAGAACGGUGUCAGUGUUUUUAAAAGAAGUUACGUAACUGCGACUGAUUGGGCACCGUCUAUUUGGGGUGUUCAAGAGUUUUUGUCUCAAAGGCCUGAUAUACAUGUUUUAGUUUUACUUCAAGCUACAUCCCCCUUUACGUCGCCGGAACAUUUAAAGCUUUCACUAACAAAACUUGAUCAACCGAAGCCAUAUGACUGCAUUUUCAGUGUAACAAGAAGCUUCAAGCUUCGUUGGAAUUCGAGUGGUUCAAUUGUUUAUCCAAUAAACUUUAACUAUAAACUACGACCUAGGAGACAGGAUUGGAGUGGGGAAUAUAUAGAAACUGGCGGGUUUUACAUAAUUCGAUCACAUAUUAUCCAGCAGGGAUUUUUACAAAACGACAAUUGCACGUUAUGGGAAGUUUCGCAAUUAGAAAGCAUAGAAAUUGACUCAGAAUUAGAUAUUUAUAUAGCAAAUAUAUUAUCAUUAGUUCUUUAG